AGAGACCGGACCCUGGAGAGCAGGGCGGAAACUGGACGGCGGCCUGCGCCAGGCCCGGGUCCCUGAGGAGUCCCAGGAUCCAGCCGGCCCGCUGCCCCCUUCUUCCUGGCACGGCCCCUCAAGUGGGGGACCCCAUGCCAGGGCCUGGCGCCCCGCUUCCAGGCAGACCAGGUCGGCGUGCGACCGCGGAGGACUCGGCUCCGUGUUUUCGGAUGUAAAGGACAGCGCCCUCUUUUAAGUGCAGAAACUCAAGUGACUGGCAUGACGUCUAUUGAUAAAUUCCUUGGUUCCUUGGGGCGAGGGUAAACCAAAUCUGUUUCCAGAACCAUGAAGAUCUUGCUGGUUUUUGACUUUGACAAUACAGUCAUAGACGACAAUAGUGACACCUGGAUUGUGCAGUGUGCUCCGGAGAAACAGCUCCCUGUGGAGCUGAAGAACUCGUAUCAGAAAGGGUAUUGGACAGAAUUUAUGGGCCGAGUCUUCAAGUAUUUGGGAGACAGAGGCGUAAGAGAAGAAGAGAUGAAACGAGCAAUGACCUCGAUGCCUUUCACACCAGGGAUGGUGGAACUUCUCAACUUUAUAAGGAACAAAAAGGAGAAGUUUGACUGUAUCAUUAUUUCAGAUUCCAACUCAGUCUUCAUAGAUUGGAUUUUAAAAGCUGCCAAUUUUCACAGUGUGUUUGAUAAAGUGUUUACAAAUCCAGCAGCCUUUGGUUCCAAUGGCCAUCUCACGGUGGAAAAUUAUCACACUCAUUCUUGUAGUAGGUGCCCAAAGAAUCUUUGCAAAAAAGUCGUUUUGGUAGAUUUUGUAGACAACCAGCUACAACAGGGAGUGAGUUAUACACACAUUGUUUACAUAGGUGAUGGGGCAAAUGAUUUCUGUCCAGUAACGUUUUUAAAGAAGAAUGAUGUUGCCAUGCCACGGAAAGGAUAUGCUUUGCAGAAAAUACUCUCCCAAAUGCCUCAAAAUCUUGAGCCUGUGGAAUCCUCCGUGGUCCUGUGGUCUUCGGGUGUUGAGAUAAUUUCUCAUUUACAAUUUCUAAUAAAAGAAUAAUAUCUCAACAAUUGCAUUGUCUCAGUUAAGAUUAGGCUCGGUGGCCUAAAAUGAACAACCCCAAAUGCCAGUGACUUUUUUUUAAGAUCAUUUUAUUGGGGACUCUUCUAGCU